CGGCUCCACCCCCAAAAAUUUGAUAAGAAAUUGAUAUUAAAAUGCAAGAAAUGUAAACAAAAGUCAAAACUCAAAACUAAAAAAGUUAGUUGACAUAUUAUUAUUGAACGUGCCUUUUCGCUUUGAAAAAUGGUGAUCGUAUUAGGAUCGUCUCAGAGUUACUGAAUGAAUUUUAUAAAAAAAAUGAGUUGAAAAGCCCACGGAAACGAUUCACUGCAUUACAACUAUGUGGAUUCCAACAAAAUCAAAAAAAUAUGGUGUCGCAAUAUAUAAUUGGCACGGAGACAAUCCCUAUGGUUUACACCUUCAAAUCGGAGAUACCGUACAGAUUCUCGAACAGUGUUCUGGUUGGUACAGAGGAUUUGUUACUAAAAAUCGAUCAGUAAAAGGAAUAUUUCCUGCUGCGUAUAUACAUCUAAAACCAUAUCGCAUUGAAAACGAAGGAUGCUACGAAACGGUAGUUCCCUUGGAAGACGCCAUUAUCAGAGAAGUGUCUUUAGUUUUGCGGGAUUGGAACUGUAUUUGGAAAACUUUAUACGUGGAGAGAGAAACGUAUAAAUUUAUUACCCUACGAAAGGUUAUGCGAGAACUGUUAGAAUGGAGAAAGCAACUGUUGACUGGCACGUUAACCCAAGAUCAAACCAAAGAGUUAAAAAUCAAAAUAGCCGCCAAGAUCGACUGGGGAAACAGAAAGCUCGGACUAGACCUGGUGCCGAGAUGUGGAGCAGAAAUGGUGGAUCCGGCCACAAUGAGCGCAGUAGAACUUUAUAAAGUUCACGUCAAAAGUUCGGAUAAUAUCCAAGGAGUUUCGGCUAGAGGUACCAUAAGAAGACCCAAGGUAGUGUCUAAAAUACAAACGCGCCAUUUGUUCAUGUGCAUGCGAGACUUCGGCUAUCACGUGGGAGAAGAAACCGAAGUCUAUUUUUCGCUUUAUGACGCCAAAAACUUCAAAUACAUAAGUGAACGGUUUUCAGUGAAAAUCUCCAAAGAAGGUUUUUCAAAUUAUAUAGAAAAACUACACAACAACUGUACAAUAUUCACUGAUCUCGGUUUGCAAGACAUGUCCCGGGACCUUUACAUAGUGGCGCAAGUGAUGCGCAUCGGCAAGAUGGUGUACUCAGAAUCGUCGAAAAAAAUGUCUAUAACCUCAUCGAUGCCGCCGCCGGCGUCGCACUUCAAACGUCCCCUGGGAGUUGCCGUGCUAAGCAUCGGCGAGUUGCUGACUUCGCCGUCCACCGAGGAGAAGGAGUUUACGUUCCGGGUGUUUCAGUCGUCGGACGAAAAGGACUUUUUCCAGCUGCACGAUACAGUGAUACGCAAGCAGAGUAACAAGUACAGUCCGCUGUCCAGCCAUCCUAACUACGGUAUUGUGAUAUCGCUGAGGGUACUGGACGGCGAGCUGCGGUGCAUCCGCGAGGAGAACCCGCUGGCUUUCAAGAACGUGUCGACCACCAGGAAGAUGGGCUUCCCGGACGUGAUCAUGCCCGGGCACGUGCGCAACGACCUGUACCUGACGCUGGAACGCGGCGAGUUCGAGAAGGGCGGCAAGUCCACCGGCAAGAACAUCGAAGUCACCGUUAUCGUGCUGAACUACGAGGGCAACAUAGUGCCAAACUGCUUGUGGGGCGCGUCCGGCACAGACUCGUCCACCGAAUACCGGUCCAUGAUCAUCUACCAUCACAACGCUCCGUGUUGGUCGGAAACCGUACGGCUCUCCAUACCGAUCGAAAAGUACAACAUCGCUCACAUACGUUUCGAAUACAGACAUUGUUCUACCCGGGACAAGGCGGACAACAAAAAACUGUUUGGCAUAUCGUUCGCGCGACUCAUGGGACCUGAAGAGGCCACCCUCCAGGACGGACUCCACGAGCUGUUCAUUUACCGGUGCGACGAACGUACCAAACUUCGGCCGGCCGACUACUUGGGACUGGCCGCCAGCGUACACGAGUCGGCCAAGUGGAACAGUACGCCCGAGCCCGGGUCGGUGUUCACGCGCAGUCACAAGGAGAUCAUGACGAUCCGCACGCUGCUGUGCUCGACCAAGCUAACUCAGAACGUCGAUUUGUUGUCAUUGCUACAAUGGAAAGAGCACCCACAUCGGAUUCAGGAGGCGCUCACUCGGGCAUUGCGUUUGGACGGCGAGGAGUUGGUGAAGUUCUUGCAGGACAUAUUAGACGCUUUGUUCUCCAUGUUUUCCACGGACGACGGCAAUUCGACCAUUCAUUCUGGUCUGGUGUUCCAUGUUCUAGUCAGCAUUUUCAGUUUGCUCUACGACAGCAAGUUCGAACACUUCAAACCGGUAAUGAACGCCUACAUCAAAGAGCACUUCGCCGCCGCUCUGGUCUACAAGGGUUUAUUGAGCAGCGUUCAACACUGCGCCGAGUUGGUCAUGUCCACGGACCGACAAGAGCCUAUCCAAAAGUGUUUCCGGUCUUUGGAAUAUAUUUUCAAAUUUGUCAUCCAGUCGAGGGUGCUGUUCUCGCGCGCUACAGGCGGUCAGUUCGAGGAAAUUUUCCGGUCCGACGUGCACCGCGUGUUCGCCUCUCUCGACAAAAUGCUUUGCUCGUCUUUCGACAUGAUUUUGCCCACGCAGAUCGCUCUGUUGCAAAGUUCCAGCGACGUGUUCGACCAACUAGUCCAAGUACUGCCCGUGAUCGAGGUGGCCAAACUGAGCGUGUCCAUGUUGGACUGUCUGCCAUCGCGGGACUUACCCACCCCGUUGACGCAAGCAAAAUUAGGCGCCAUCAAAUGUCUAGUAGCCGGCAAAGUAUUUAAGGACGACGAAGCGAGAAAUUUGUUAUUGAUCACUAUAUGUAAACACCUGAGGCACCACAUCAGCGCCAGAGAAGAAAUUCAGCUGUGCACGGACAUUUUGGGAGAUAUUUUGACGUUUUUAUUUCAUCACAACCCAAUGCAAGACGGCGGCAAAUUAAACAUUUGCUAUCGACGCGAUUUGGAGAUACUGACUCUGAGCACGUUAGACAUGUUGAUAGAGACCUGUCUUAUUGCCAUAGACAGAAUGGUGUCGGUUUUGGCAAAUCUGGUGGCCUGUUUGAUUUCACUGCUACAAUUACUCGACGACUACCAUUACAAGCGGCUCUGGGAAGAACUCGAGCGCAAGCCGUUGAAGGAUUUCCUGCUGAGAUCGUUUUUACUGUUCAGACAUCUGAUUAAUCACGACGUAUUUCCGUCGGACUGGAUGGUCAUAAAAAUGACUACAAACAACGUGAUUUUAACCGCCCUGCAACAACUGGCAAAACCGUUGGUGUUUUUUUUCUUGGAGACGUGGCCUCACUUCGACCAUCAGGUGUGGUCGACCUAUUUUAAAUUGGCCGUGGCGUUUCUCACACAACCGGCUCUUCAGCUGGAGACGUUCACCAACGUGAAGCGCACCAAGAUCGUCGAGAAGUACGGGGACAUGAGAGUACAGAUGGGAUAUCAGAUAUUGUCCGUGUGGUCCAAACUUGGCGAUCACAAAAUCAAAUUCAUCCCGUCCAUGGUCGGUCCGUUCCUAGAGGUGACGUUGGUACCCGAAGCAGAACUGCGCAAAGCGACUCUUCAUAUAUUUUUUGACAUGAUGGAAUGCGAACAACGAGCUCGAGGCAAUUUCAAAGAAGUCGAGUCAGAACUCAUCGACAAGUUGGAUUAUUUAAUAAGCGAGAAUAAGGGCGACGACGAGUACAGACAACUUUUCAAUACCAUGGAAAAUUUAAGCAUAAUAUUGUUGGAAAAGGUCCAUCAAGAGGAACACGACGGUAGUUGGCAAGAAACGGGUUCGGCAUUCAUUAAUUCAGUAACGCGUUUGUUGGAACGGCUGUUGGAUUAUAGAAGUGUAAUGCGCGGCGACGAUAACCGCGACAAAAGGAUGUCGUGCACCGUGAACCUUUUGAACUUUUACAAAAACGAAAUCGACAGAAAAGAAAUGUAUCUGAGAUACAUUUACAAGCUUCAUGAUUUGCACGUGUCCGCCGACAAUUUCACCGAAGCUGGAUUCACGUUGAAGUUGUAUGCCGAUCAGUUGUCGUGGUCGGACGGACCGUUGUUGCAAGGCGAUCCCAUGACAUCUGUGUGCCAGUGGCAGAGGAAGGAACAGCUGUACCACGAAAUCAUUCAGUAUUUUGACAAGGGAAAAUGUUGGGAGAAAGGACUGCCGUUGCUCAAGGAACUGGCCGAGUUUUAUGAAAAGAGGUUGUUCGACUACACAAGACUGAGCGCGGUAUUGAAAACUCAAGCGAAAUUCUGCGACAACAUACUCACACAAUUGCGACCCGAGUCCGAAUACUUCCGUGUAGGGUUUUACGGCCAAGGGUUUCCGCUGUUCGUUCGGAACAAAGUAUUUGUUUAUCGAGGACUGGAGUACGAACACAUGGAAACGUUCACGCAGCGACUGCAAACCGAGUUUCCCACCGCCCAGCUGUUGACCAGAAACACUCCACCUUCGCAGACUAUUUUGCAAUCCGACGGUCAAUACAUCCAAAUCUGCAAUGUCAAACCGUAUCCGGAUAUUGGUCCUCCGUCGUCAGAAAAACCCUUGGCCAUGGUCCCGGAAAAAGUGAGUCGAUUUUAUGAGGUGAACGACGUUUGCACGUUUCAGCUGGACCGACCCAUGCACAAAGGUCAAGUAGACCGAGACAACGAGUUCAAGAGCCUGUGGUUGGAACGCACUAUUUUGGUAAUAAGCGACCGUUUGCCGGGCAUACUGCGUUGUUUCGAGGUGGUCAACACUACCACUGAAGAGGUACCACCAGUCAAGUUCGCUUGUGAAACCAUUGAGUCGGUCAACAAAGACCUGAGACGGUUGAUUAACCAGUACACCAAUGAACCCAAGAGGAAUAUAAAUCCACUGAGCAUGAGACUUCAAGGGACAAUCGAUGCCAACGUCAUGGGCGGCAUAUCUAAAUACCAGUCGGCGUUUUUCUCUCAAGACUUUGUCCAAAACAAUCCGCAGUACUAUUCUUAUGUAUUGCAACUGGGAUCUUCAAUAAACCGUCAGAUUGAAAUUGUAGAAAACGGCUUGUUGGUGCACGGAAAGUUGGCGCCUCCCGAAGUCCAACCUCUCCACCACCGGCUAGUGGAACGCAUGGUGCAACUCCAACAGAGCGUGAAGAUCUCUCCACCGGCGCCUGAAAGCAGCAUAAUCAAUUCUCCUUUACCGCCAGUUCCUACUGAUAAAAAUCACCCAUAUCGGUCCACCGAAGAGUAUACGAAUACGUUGAACUAUUUUGGAGACCGAAGGGAGGAGUACGAGGACAUAUAUAGCAAAACGUUUGACUUGUCUGUUAACGCAAACGUGCCAAACGUUCCUCUCCGCGAGUUCAGGCUCAAAUCAGAAGGGUCUCUCAUCAGCAAAGUCAAAAUCGAACCAAAGCAUACGUAUAAACCGGGAAGUCCAAAAUUACAGAGGAAUUCAGUUUCCAUGGACGCCAGUAACGCGAGGAAUUCGUGGUCCAACGAUGACAAUGUUCCUCCGCCCCCAUUACCCCCCAGAGCAUUAGACAGGAAAAAUAGUGACGCGGCGCCACCAUUACCCAAAAGAAUGCCAUCACGACGUGACUCUGAGCUAAUCACUGACAUAGACGCACCUAUCCAACGCGACUCUGGCUAUUCUGAAUCUCUAACUUCGGUGUCUUAUGAAGAAUUUGUGUUGCCCUCUUCGGACCCGAAAAAUCCACCUCCUCUGCCGCCCAAAAAUACUCAGACACAAUCUAAUCCCGAGUCAAACGAUGUUCCGAGUUUAGAUACGUAUUCUAUACCUGGGACGACGUGCAAACGUUUUGAAUCUAACCCCUAGUCAAGUAUAAGACUCUCUCUUAGAAACGGUGCCAUAUAUCGACGAGUGAAUGCAUUUAUUGUAACGGAUUAGGUUUAGACAAGUUUUAAAAAUAUUUUUUUACUGCCCGUGUGUGUGAUAAACAUUGAUUACAUUGAUAUAAAAAAAUUGCAUGCCCAUAUAUUUUAUAUUUAUACAAUAAUGUACCUGCCAAAACGGCCAAAAAAUUGCCAAAUUUAAUUUUCUUAACAAAACUUUAAGAAAGCAAUAUAUAUAUACAUUUAUUAUUUAUACAUAAUUUUUUUUUUUUUAUGUAAGUUUUUUACUUUUAUUUCUGUAAUGAAAACAAUAAUACUUGAAUUGACUUUAUAAUUGUUACUAUUACUGUGCUAUUAUUGUAAUUUAAUAGUGUUAUUUUAAAUAUACUUGUAUAACUUUCAAAUUAACUUAUAUGAUACUACUUUAGCUACGUCUAGUAGUAGUGGUUUAAAAUUAUGACAUUUUAACAUUUAUGGCAUAUCAAAUAUAAUAACAAAAUUAAAUA